UUUUACCCACUCCGCGAGGCCGCCAUUCAUUUUCACGUGCUAUAUUUGGGAUUUUUAACGCAUUUUAUUCGGUAGCGCGAGGAAAGCGGGGUUUCCUGGAUCGCGAGAAUGUCAGCCACCUUUCCGGGACUGGUUCACGAUGCGGAGAUACGUCACGACGGAUCAAACAGCUACCGUUUGAUGCAGCUCGGAUGCUUGGAAUCUGUGGCCAACUCCUCUGUCGCAUACUCUUCCUCGUCUCCUCUCACGUACCCGGCAACCGGAACCGAGUUUGCCUCCCCAUAUUUCCCUACGAACCACCAAUACACGCCCUUACACCAUCAGUCGUUUCAUUAUGAGUUCCAGCACAGUCACCCGGCCGUGAACCCGGACGCCUACUCGCUCAAUACGCUACACCACUCCCAGCAAUACUAUCAGCAGCUCCACCACGGCGAGCCGGCAGACUUCAUCAACUUACACAACGCCCGGGCGCUCAAGUCGUCGUGCCUGGACGAGCAGCGGCGGGAGCUGGGGUGUCUGGACGCUUACCGGCGACAUGACCUCUCCUUGAUGAGCCACGGCUCUCAGUAUGGGAUGCACCCGGAGCAGAGACUACUGCCCGGGGCCGGGCUGGGACUCCCGCCUCCGGGGGCCGAGGACCUACAGGGCUCUGUCGAUGCACAAUGUGGACUUGUUCUUAAUGGCCAAGGAGGUGUGAUUCGUAGAGGUGGCACGUGUGUGGUCAACCCCACAGACCUGUUCUGCUCCGUGCCUGGCAGACUGUCCCUGCUCAGCUCCACCUCCAAGUACAAGGUGACGAUAGCGGAGGUGAAGAGACGCCUCUCGCCGCCCGAGUGCCUGAACGCAUCCCUGCUGGGGGGCAUCCUAAGAAGAGCGAAGUCGAAGAAUGGCGGCCGGUGCCUGCGCGAGAAGCUUGACCGUCUCGGCCUGAACCUCCCAGCAGGCCGCAGGAAAGCGGCCAACGUCACGCUCCUCACCUCGCUGGUGGAAGGUGAAGCGCUUCACCUGGCGAGGGACUUUGGCUACACCUGUGAGACCGAGUUUCCCUCCAAAGCCGUAGGAGAGCACUUGGCCCGGCAGCACACGGAGCCGAAAGAACAGAACGCACGCAAGAAGAUGGUGCUGGCCACCAAGCAGAUCUGUAAGGAGUUUCAGGAUCUGUUGAGUCAGGACCGCUCUCCCCUGGGAUCCUCCAGACCCACACCCAUACUGGAUGUAGACAUUCAGAGACACCUCACACACUUCAGUCUCAUCACCCACGGCUUCGGCACACCAGCCAUCUGCGCGGCCCUCAGCACCUUCCAGACCAUCCUGAGUGAGAUGCUCAACUACCUGGACAAGCACUCGGCCAGCAAAGGAUCAGGCACGCCCGAUGCCGGCCAGAUCAACACCAACGUCGAUAAGACGCCGAUGCGCAAGUCUGGCGACGCCCCUGCCAAAGACGGCAAGAUGGAGAAGACGGAAUGACUCUUUUGACUUCCUACUUCCUGUCAUUGGGAGGGGCACGG